CCGAACACGCUCCUGGAGCGGGGUGACGGGUUCUGGCAGCCAGCAGAGGCACUGAUGGAGUCACGGUGGCAGUACCAGUUCCGGGUGAUCAUGCUGGGGGACUCGACAGUGGGGAAAUCCUCGCUGCUCCGGCGCUACACGGAGGGCAUCUUCCUGGACGCCGUCAACCAGACGGUGGGGGUGGACUUCUAUGUGCAGUUCGUGGAGCUGGAGCCAGGGCUACGAGUGAAGCUGCAGUUCUGGGACACAGCCGGACAGGAGAGGUUCAGGUCCGUGACUCGCUCCUACUACCGCAACUCAGCUGGGGGGAUGCUGCUCUUUGACCUCACCAACCGCGCGUCCUUCGAGAGCGUCCGGCGAUGGCACCAGGAGGUGACUGACACAAUCCAGCCCUUCCGCAUGGUCUUCCUGCUGGUGGGGCACAAGAGUGACCUGACCGGGCAGCGCCAGGUGGGCCAGAGGGAGGCGGAGAAGUUGGCGGCCUCGCUGGGUGUCCAGUACGUGGAGACCUCGGCCAAGGACACCUCCAACGUGGUGCAAGCCUUCCAGAUGCUGACUGUGGCCAUUUACCAAGCACUGCAGACAGGGAGGUUGGUGGCCACUGAGGCGUGGGAUGGAGUGAAGAGCAGCUUCCCGCUGCCAGUGCUGCCCAAGGCUCAGGCACUGGAGGAGAAGCGGAAGAGAUGCACAUGCUAGAACUGGGGAUACUGGCAGGGCAGGAACAUGGUGGGCUCAGGAGGGGAAGUAGAUACGGAGCAGCCAGGCACAGGCAGGAGCAACACAGCCACAUUAAAUACCCUUGGUCACCCUCUGCCUGCCUGUGUUUUCCUGGGAAAGAGGAAGCACAGUGGAAGGGUGAAGUCCCAAGGUGGGACUUCACAGGCCUGUAGAGGUCAAUGUCACCCCUGCCUCUAUUCUCUCCUGUACUGACUGAGACCCAAAUCAUAAARCCCUAAAUUCUUUCAGGCUUCCCAAAUAGAAUUAAAAGUGACAAAUUUAUAAUGGAACUCAGAUGAUGUAUCUGCCACUCUGGCUGAGUACCUGCCCAGUUGAGUCCAGAGCAAAAAUAACCACAUACCAYUCUGAGGAAUUGUCAGUGCCCUCUUUCCCUUUUCAAUUAAUCUUCAUACAGUAUAAUAUGCAAAAAAAACCCUUUCUCAAGGCUGUAGAGAGAAGAUCCCCAGGCUCCUCAUCCCAAAACAACAUGAGGAGAGCAGUGAGCCCGGGAUAAUCCUGGAAUCACUUCACCCACCCUGGUUUCCCCUGCAGGUACCGGGAGCCUCCGCAGAGCUGGGCAGCGAGGAUGGGCCCAGCUCUGCCCGGAGCUGCAGGAGCCUCCCCAUCAUAUGGGGGUCUGCAGUGUUGUCAACUCCCUCACCCCCACAACAGCUGCYGCAACUUCCCUGAGGUCUGAGCAGAGCAGCAACGUAAGGCAGGGACAGACAACCUUUUCAAUGUCCAGCACAGGCAGAACCAGAGUUACCUUGACUCUCCUCUGUCACAACAUCCCCCUCCCAGCAGUCCAGGUAUCUCCACAAUGGGGAAAGCUCUCACCCUGGGUUGGAGGUGAGGAGGGAAGUGACCUGCCCACCCUGACUGGCAGGUGAGGGACUGGCCAAAUCUAGAAUGGUCUGGAGGGAAAACUUUUGGAAGAGCAGCUGAGGAUACUUGUUCAGCCUGGAGGAAACAGGGGAGACWCAGCAGGGUCUGCAGCUCCUGCCAAGGGAUACCUGUGAUCUCUGCUCCCUGAGACCAGGAACAGGACCAGAGGGAACAGCUGGAGCUGUGUCAAGGGAGGGACAGACUGGRUAUUAGGAAAAAGUUCUUCCCCCAGAGGGUGCUCAGGCAYUGAAGAGGCUCCCCAGGGAAUGGGCAUGGCCCCAAGGCUGMCAGAGCUCCAGUGAGGAUAGGACAAAGCUCUCAGGCACAGGGUGGCAUUGCUGGGGUGUCCUGGGCAGGGCCAGAAUCUGUAUUCAAUAAUCCUUCGGAGAUCCUUUCCGCUCAGGAUAUUCCAYRAUUCUGCUUCCUGUAAACUCCCAGAUC